GUUUUCUUGAUUACUUCCAUUUGGAUUUUUUGAAAAAUAUGUGUCCAGUGAAAAUCUGUCACAUAACAAAUUAAACAUACUGCCAAAACACAAACAGGUGACAAUAACACAGUUAUUAAAUAGUUGCUUGGUCAAGUUUCUGGUAGAAAUAGGCCGCCAGCGCCGCCAGCCAUCUAUACCAGCUUGUAAUUAUAUAACAUAACCACACGACAGCUAGGGUACGUUAAAAUUAUUAGAUAUGUCAAACCAUUUGGGUGGGAAAAAAACUUGGUGAUGAUGUUUCAGAAGUGGGUUUACCGUUAACGUUCUUGAAAGAAUAACGAAUGAUGACGCCUGAUUUGGGGAGUUUGUGGGGCUCUUGGAAUUUAGUACAGAUACUGCGAUAUGGGGUUGGAACGCAGUUCUGGAGAGAGCUCCCCCCUGGCAUUAUAAAUCAACGAGGAAACUCAAAGCAUGGAACAUCUUGGCAAAAGACUUCACUCAGGAAUAUGGAAAAUGCGGUAGUGUCUGAAAAAUGGUCAUAUGUGACGGUUUUCAAUGGUUUACUUCGUGGAACUGUUAAAAAUCAGGAUCUUUUCAUCGAAUUAAAUGAACUAAGUGGUCAAAAUGAACAUCUGAUUGCCGAAUAUGAAAAAUAUACCCAAUGGGGCAAUUACAAGAGGAGGAAUCCCAACCCAACGGAGGUGUGGCAUUCCUUACUUGGAAAUGAUUUUAAUGAUACUCAUUCCCUCAGGAUUAAUCGUCAGCCCAAGUUAAAUUUCUGUAGCAAGAACUUUCGGAAAAACGAAUAUCAAGACCAACUUCGACUAUGCAGUCUCGAUGACAAAUUGGUGUACAGCGUCCCUGCUAUGUAUAGCAGAUAAGAAGUUGGGAAGAAAAGUUUAGAAAGUUUGCUCCCUGAAGCAGUAGCUGGCUGGCACAGUACACUGAUUAGAUUGAAAAUUACACAAAUUGCUAGAAAACGUUUUCCACAUACUCAUCUGUCUCCAUUUUCCUGGGAAACAAAUAGAACGACGAAAAAUAAUCCGGCUGUCACUUCCAAGCUUAAUGUUUACCUUUCACGUAUUGAACUCGGCAGACUGAAAAAGAGCAGUCUGGCGGCAACUUCCACGUCAAGAAAAAGACUAGUUGUCAACUUGUCAUCUGUGCUAACCGCUGUGGAGAAUAACAACAACAACAAAAAGAGGAGUAAACAAAAAGCAAAGUACGGUGUCUUCUCAUCCAAAUAAAAGGGAAGCAUUUUGACAGCUUAAAGCUGUUUGCAAGGUUGAUUGCUCGCAGGUAUAUAGUGUACGUCUGGCGUUGAGGGGCGCGUUCUGAAAACGAGAAAUUUCUAGGGCCAGUUAAAGACAAAAGAAAUGCCAUAAGGACAACUUCCAGGAAACAGGGAAAUAAAAAAUAAAUUCAUGUCUACUGUCGGUCUUACUCAUUAAAUGAAUAGACAACAAAAUGAACGUUUGAAAAAUGAGAAAAUAAUUACAAAUGAAUCAAUUGCCGCACGCCAGUUUAUUUCUAAGUCAAGGGAGUUUAUAAGUAGUAUAAUAAGGUAGGUGAAAGUUAUUUUUUUCUUUCGCAUUUGACAUCACACGAAAAACCAACAUAAUAAUUAAGAAUGGGUGAAUACGUAAAAAAUAAUAAUAAUAAAAGACAAGGCUCCAAACACAACACUGCAUAGUGUGCGGUUCUUUACGUGCUUAAUACGAUUCCUCUACUUUGAUUCGUUGCAAGGAUUAUGGGAGAAUGGGGAACAAGGUUUUUUUUUUUUUUUUUUCUAUUUCAUUGUGUUAUGACGAAAAUCGACAACUUGAGCAAUGCACAAAAUAUGAAUUGAAAACUAUGAUUUUUUUUGUUUGUUUUUAAGUCACUCAAAGGUAAAUUUUAAAAGUGAUUGAACGCACACGGAUCCUAUCCAUGUUAAAGGUCUGAAAGCCAAGUUCUUAUUGCAAGAGGCAAAAGAUAAGAAACCGUGGUAAGCGAUCCACGUUCCGUCUUAUGGAAAAAAAAAAAAAAAAAUCUCUCUCUCUCUCUCUCUCU